CGACGGUGAUCUUUCUCCAGACAAGAAAAGCUCUUUCAAGUUUUUUACAGCGAUACCCUGGCUAAUUCUAUAUAAUGGCUCCUACCGAGUCUAAGAAGCGCUUGGCGCUUGCAAUUAUCGACUUCCUGGGCUCCAGCCUCAAGGAUGGAACCCUCACCGCUGAUGACGCUGAAUCGAUCGAAAUCGCCCAGUCAUGCAUCGCGGAUACCUUCAAGGUUGACCCUUCUGAUGAGGCUGCGGUGAAGGAUGCUGUUGGCGGCCAGUCGCUUGCGAACAUCUAUAGUGUCUAUGAGAAGCUUCGCAAUAAGGGAGACUCUGCGGGUGCUGGAGCACAGGCUAGCUCAAGCCAGCAAACCCAGGCCGGUGCCCCUACAGCCGAGUCUGACAAGCUUAAGUCGGAAGGUAACGGCGCCAUGGCGCGCAAGGACUACAACGCUGCCAUCGACCUGUACACCAAGGCUUUGGCAAUUGCCCCUUCAAACCCUAUCUAUCUCUCUAACCGUGCUGCUGCCUAUUCUGCUUCCGGUCAACACGAGAAGGCCGCGGAGGAUGCCGAGCUCGCCACAGCUGUCGACCCCAAGUAUUCCAAGGCAUGGAGCCGCCUGGGUCUUGCCCGAUUUGACCUGGCCGAUUUCCACGGAGCCAAGGAGGCCUACGAGAAGGGUAUCGAGGCCGAAGGCAACGGUGGUAGCGAUGCCAUGAAGAGAGGUCUCGAGACUUCGAAGAGAAAGAUCGCGGAAGCCAGCCGCGGCGCCGAACCUCCUGCGGAUGCUGUUGACGAUGCUGCUGGAGCAACCCGUGGUGCUGGCGGCAUGCCGGAUCUCUCUUCUCUUGCUGGCAUGUUUGGUGGUGGCCGCGGUGGCGGUGCUGGUGGUAUGCCCGAUCUUAGCUCCAUCAUGAGUAACCCUAUGUUCGCCAGCAUGGCUCAGAAUCUGAUGAGCAACCCGGACAUGCUCAAUAACCUCAUGAGCAACCCUCAAUUGAGGCAAAUGGCAGAGAACUUCGGUGCUGGAGGUGCUGGCGGCGGAAUGCCCGAUAUGUCAAGCUUGAUGAGCGACCCUAACAUUGCUGAUAUGGCUCGGAAUCUAAUGGGUGGUGGUGCUGGCGGUGCCGGUGGUGCUGGACGCGGUCAAUAAAUGUGAAGGUGCUCCUGUUGUUUGAUACAUUCGCUGUGACAUUUUAAUUAUUUUAACGGAUCCCCUAUAUGGAACUUUUUGCCAAUUCCUGGACCUGAACCCCUCGGACAAUUCUGGCCCUAAUGGCUUGGAAUGAAUAGAAAAAAUG